GCCGCGCCAUGGCCCCGCGUGCCCGGCGGCCCGGCCCGCUGCCCGCGCUGCUCGCGCUCGCCGCCCUGCUCGGCCGCCUGCAGCUGACGCCGGCGUGCUCCGGAGAGAGGCAGUACGAGCACCUGGGACGGUGCUGUGACAAGUGCCAGCCCGGAACGUACUUGGCUGCCAAGUGCUCAGCCACGUCGGAGAGCGUCUGCUUGCCCUGUGGCCCGGAGGAGUACCUGGACACCUGGAACGAAGAGGAGAAGUGUUUGCUGCACAAAGUGUGUGACUUAGGGAAGGCCCUGGUGGUAGACUAUCCUGGCAACCGGACGUCCCCGCGGCUCUGCACCUGCACCCUGGGCUACCACUGGAGCCAGGACUGCGUCUGCUGCCGCCGCAACGCCGAGUGCGCUCCCGGCUUCGGGGCCCAAGUGCAGCCCGGCAGGGACACGGUGUGCAGGUCCUGUCCACUCGGCUUCUUCUCCGACGUCUCGUCGUCCACUGAAGACUGCAGGCCCUGGACCAAUUGCACUGCACUCGGAGACACAGUGGGCGUCCCCGGUACCAGCCAGGCCGAUGCAGUUUGCCGUUCUUCUCAGCCUACUGGAAGGCCACCGAACGAGUCCCAGAUCUACUUGCCCGGUUUAAUUAUUCUGCUUCUCUUCAUGUCUGUGGCGCUCCUGGCCGCCGUGGUCCUGGCUGUUUACUACCGGAAGAAAGGGAAAAUGCUCACAGCAAGCCUCUGGCACUGGCUCAACGAGGCCUGCAGCCGCCUGAGUGAGAACAAGCAGCCGACGGUUUCGGGCAGCCCCGGGCGUGCGGCCCCCGCGGAAGCGCCAGGCCAGCUGGAGCUGUGUGAGGGUGUCUUGCUGCUGACGCUGAAAGAGAAGAUCCUGCCGGGAGACGCGGCCUGUGCGAACCGUGGCGUGUGCGUGGCUCCCUGCGGCCGCGGAGAGGAGGCCCCGCUGCUCGCCUUGGUGAGCGAGACCGAGGGGCCCGCCUCCUGGCAGGUGCCCACAGAAGACGAGUACCCGGACCGGGCCCUGCAGAGCCCCGACCCGUUGUCCUCCCUGCUCCCCGCGCAGCCGGGAAGCCAGGGCACACCCCCCUUCUCCGAGCCCCUGGAGGUGGGGGAGAAUGACAGCUUGAGCCAGUGCUUCACGGGGACAGAGAACCUGGCGGACUCGGACAGCUGCCUCUGCCCCGCGCCCCUGUGCCGGACAGACUGGGGCUGCGAGGGCUGGGGGGAGGCGGCGCCCGGCCCCCCCUGGGCGGCCGGAGCCAGCGCUGCGGACAGCUGUGUGGGCUGCAGGACCCUCCCGGGCUCCCCCCAGCCGGGCCCCCUGCCCCAGUGCGCCUAUGGCAUGGGCCUGCCGCCCGCAGACACAGCGGCCGAAGCUGCUGAUGGGGCUGACUCACCGCUUCCCAGCUCCGAGAGGGCAGGAGGGCCCCCCACCGCCGACCAGCCCCCCGCCUCCGGCAACGUGACCGGCAACAGUAACUCCACGUUCAUCUCCAGCGGGCAGGUGAUGAAUUUCAAGGGCGACAUCAUCGUGGUGUACGUGAGCCAGAGCUCGCAGGAGGGCGCGGCGGGCGCGGCGGGGGAGCCCCCCGGGCACCCGGUGCAGGAGGAGAGCCCGCCCUGCUGCGCCUCCUUCGCCGGCCUGGGCCCGCGCCUGCCCGACCCGCGGCAGGAGAGCGGCGCCCACGGCCCGCCGGCCGCCGCCGAGCUGGACAAGGCCUCCCGGCCGGUGCAGGAGCAGGGCCCGGCCGCGGGGCCGCCGGACGCUCGCCCGCCUGGCCGCUCCCGGGACGCCCCUGGACCUGCGUAACGGGCCGCGUGCACCGCGGCGGGGCGGGAGCGCGGCCGGCCCCUAGCGGUACCCCCGUGUCGGAACUUCCAUCCACCGGUUCUGGGUGGAAUCAGACUUCUCUGCUUCGGACUUUCGGGCCACACCUGGCGAUGCUCAGGGUUACUCCCGCUCUGCACUCAGGAAUCACUGCCCGCAGGCUCAGGGGACCACCUGGGUGGGCUGCGUGCAAGGCAAGCGCCCCACCCGCUGUACUAUCACUCCAGCCCCAUAGAGACCAGCUGCCAGCCAAUGACACAGGCACUCCUUGCUGUCCUGGCGGCUCCACGAUUUUCCCGCCUCACCUUUUAAUCCGUCUGCUCUCCCCUCCCUUCUCCCUUCAGGGUAGCUCACCUCUCCGACACGUCUUUCUUAAUGAUGGCACGCCUCUGCAUGUAUCUGUUAUUUGUUUUUCACAUCAGGGAUGUGUCUUUGAUACUUCUCCACACACCACACUUUUUUUUUCUUCUUCUUCUUUUUGGCUUUUGGGUCACACCCAGCAGUGCUCAGGGGUUGCUCCUGGCUCUGCACUCAGGGAUCACUCUUGAGGGUCUCAGGAAGAACAGAUGGGAUGCUGGGGACUGAACCCAG